AGCCGAGUCAGUCAGUCAGUCAGUCAGUCGGUCGCUCGGUCAGUCAGUCGGCCGCGAGCGGAGCGUUACGUCGUGCGCACGCUCGCAGUGGAACUUGACUGGCGCGUACCGCGACACAGUGUGCAUGUGGUGCUCCUUUGCUUUGGUUUGAACAGUGCCAAGACCGUCGCAGCUCGUUUAUGCCAGCGUGCUGCAGCCACCAAUGGGGCGGCGGCGGAGGUGCGUCGGCUAACAAGUUGUCGCCUUGGCGGGCCUGAGGAGGUGUCGUCGGCGGCGCGAGUCAGCGGGCGCCGAGCAGCCAGGCCGAGCAGCGAGAGAGUCGACCAGGACGACGGCGGCGGCCCGCUGCUGCUGCCCGGCUAGUCGUGACCACAUGGACGCCGACCUCGGCAGCUCGCACGCCCAGCCGCAGCAGCAGCCGCAGUCCCGCCUCAGCAGCGAUCGCCGGCGCGAGCAGGCAGGCCGCACCGGCCACUGGGGCCCGCUCCGUCCAGGCACGCGGCGACCAUGUCGCGCAGCGCCGCCACCCGUCCGCAGCAAGGUAUUUCCUCCCCCGGGCGCGCGCGAGCAAGCUGAUCUCAGGUGUGCGCGAGGCGGGUCGCCGGCGAUCGGCGGGAGCCGGCACCGACCAAGGCGCGCGGCCAGUCUCGGGCUGCGAGGCGGGCCGGCAAGACAGAUUCCGCGGCGCCGGUGCGAGCGCACCGAGGCGCGAGCCGUGGCGCGGUGCGCGCGUACCGCGAGGGCCCGUCGUCUGGUCGUCGCGGCGCCGGGCAGCGCGUGGCGCCUCCGCGGCCCCUGGUGGCCGAGCGCCGAACGGCUCUGGCUGCGCGCUCGCGGCCAGUCAGUGUACGAGCUGCGGAGCCGCCAGGCUCGUCGAUAGACGCGUUCUCUAUCUCUCUCUCUCACUCUUUCUCACCCACUCUGCACAAGUUCCUCGCACACCUUCUCCUCGCCUCCCUUCGCUUUCCUCGUGGCCGUUUUCCGCUGUCCGCGGUGUUGACCUGUGCUAGCCAGUGCGUGCUGCUGCGUCGAGUCUGCAAGUGCAAAGAGCGGCCAGCCAACUGUGCCGCCGAGUCGCAACGUUCCGAACAACCCCUUUUCUCGCCGGAGGCAGGGGCGCGCUGGGAUGAGCGUGCGAAUGGUGUCGGCGAGACUGACGAAGCUCAAGAAGAAGCGCGGCACGAGGGUGGCCGGCAGCGCAGCGGAGCGGGCGUCAGCGGCGGGCUGCCGGCGCGAGGGCAGCUAGGCCGCGGCGGGUAGCGUAACAGCAGUAGCAGCAGUAGCAGCAGCAGCAGCCACGAGGACGGGACGAGCGGCGGAGCGGCUGGGAGAAUGAGGCGGCCCCCCCUGCAGCCGCCGCCGCGGGCCUGCCCCCGAGCCGCAGCUGAGCAAUGAGCGCGCUGCAGGCCGCGCAUCACAACCAGUACACCCACGACACCCUGGAGCUCGAGGUCUUUGAGGUGCGAUGCGACAGCGACGAGUCAGCGAGGCGUCAGCGUCAGCAGCAGCAGCAGCAGCAGCAACAGCAGCUACAGCAGCCACAACAGCAACAAUCGUCGGACGCAAAUGGGGGCGCGACUGCGGCCGGAGGCAGUUGCGGCAAGGAGCGCAUGAUCGCUCGAGUGGAGGACUUCGAGGACGACGACGACGACGACGACGACGACGACGACGACGAAGAUGAAAACGGGCACGAGUUCGACGAGGACGACGACGACGACGACGAGGACGGAGUCAAGGGCGGCCUGGCUGGCUGCGCUGCCAGACGCCGCAGGCGCAGGAAGCUCCAGCAUGGCCGCAAAGCCAGCACGAGGCGUCGGCGCCGCCAGACAAAGCACAAGCCGAGGCAGCAGGACGCGUCUGUAUGCUGCCUCGCGCUCUCCACCUCGUCCAAUACUUUCAAUGCUGAGCUCGCCGCCACGAGCACCCGUUCGAGCCACAAUCGGCAGAGCCAGCAGCUGAUAACGGAUGGCGCCACGUCGUCGCGCGACGGCCUAGAGGAGGGCGGCGUGGCCGGCGGUGCCCAGGGCUCCGAGGCGGCGGGCCUAUGCUCGUCGAAGCGCGACUCGUCGAGCAGCCUGGGCGCGGCGAGCGCGCGCCACGCGACCUUCCGCGAGAACCUGCUCACGGUCCUCGGCAAGCUGGUCGUCUGGAAGGGCGGCCGCUACAGACCCACCCCCACCUCGUCCAGCAGCAUACCACCCGGAUCGCCGCCCGCCACCGAGUGCAUAGGCCGCGGUGGUGGCUUCUUCUCCUCCUCCUCCGAGGACUCGCGCAAGACGGAGAGGCGGAUUCGCGCCAACAAUCGCGAAUACAACCUGCAGUUUAAUUAUGCGAACAACUACAUCAAAACGUCCAAGUACUCGGUUCUGACGUUCCUGCCGUUGAAUCUGUUCGAGCAGUUCCAGAGGCUCGCCAACUUCUACUUCCUGUGCCUGCUGGUGCUGCAGCUGAUCCCCGCGAUAUCCUCUCUGACCCCCGUGACCACGGCUAUACCCCUGAUCGGGGUACUCACGCUCACUGCCGUCAAAGAUGCCUACGAUGACUUUCAACGACACAGCAGCGACUCGCAGGUCAACAACCGCAAGUCGCACUGCCUGCGUGGUACCACGCUGCGCGAGGAGAAAUGGUCGCAGGUGCAGGUCGGCGACGUCAUCCGCAUGGAGAACGACCAGUUCGUGGCCGCGGACGUGCUGCUGUUGUCGACCAGCGAACCCAACGGGCUCUGUUAUAUCGAGACAGCCGAGUUGGACGGGGAGACGAACCUCAAGUGUCGCCAGUGCCUGCCGGAGACCGCGGACAUGAUGAGCAACCACGAGCUGAUCGGCAACUUCGACGGCGAGAUCAUCUGCGAGACGCCCAACAACCUGCUCAAUAAGUUCGACGGGAUACUGACGUGGCGUGGCAAGAAGUACAUCCUCGACAACGACAAGGUGAUCCUGCGCGGCUGUAUCCUGCGCAACACCGCCUGGUGUUACGGCAUCGUCAUCUUCGCCGGCAAGGACACCAAGCUCAUGCAGAACUCAGGCAAGAGCAAGUUCAAGCGGACCUCCAUCGACCGGCUGCUCAACCUGCUCAUCAUCGGCAUCGUGCUAUUCCUGCUAUCGCUCUGCCUCUUCUGUAUGAUCGGCUGCGGCAUUUGGGAGAGCCUGGUGGGCCGUUACUUCCAGGUCUACCUGCCCUGGGACUCGCUGGUGCCUACCGAACCGAUUGCCGGCGCCACGGUCAUCGCGCUGCUUGUCUUCUUCUCCUACGCCAUCGUACUCAACACCGUCGUGCCCAUCAGCCUGUACGUGAGCGUCGAGGUCAUCCGCUUCGUCCAGUCGUUCCUCAUCAACUGGGACGAGGAGAUGUAUCACGCGCCGACCAACACGCACGCGCGUGCCCGCACCACCACGCUUAACGAGGAGCUCGGCCAGAUACAGUACAUCUUCUCCGACAAGACCGGCACCCUCACCCAGAACAUCAUGACUUUCAAUAAGUGCUCGGUCGCCGGCCAGUGCUACGGGGACAUCAUCGACGAGGCUACCGGCGAAGUGAUCGACCUCACCGAUACAGGUAAAGCAGCAAGUGGGAAGGCUGCGCCAACGGUAAAGUGGAAAAAUGGCCAAGACUUCGUGCACUCGGUUUAUCAUCCGCUGAGCGGGGCGAGCGUGCGGCUUCUGGAGCAGCAAGACCAACAGUCAAGACUGACAACUCCCGAGCCUGGCAUCAACGGCGCCUCGAGACUGCCACUCGAUUAUUCAAGCACCCAGCAGCCGCUGGACUUCUCCUUCAACAAGGACUACGAACCGGAAUUCAAGUUCUACGACGCCACGCUGCUGGAGGCAGUGCGCCACCACAACGAAGACGUGCACAGCUUCUUUAGGCUGCUGGCGCUCUGCCACACGGUCAUGGCAGAGGAGAAGAACGGCAGUCUCGAGUAUCAGGCCCAGUCGCCGGACGAGGCGGCUCUGGUCUCCGCCGCGCGUAACUUUGGCUUCAUCUUCAGAGAGCGAUCGCCUAAUAGCAUCACCAUCGACGUGAUGGGCAAGCGCGAGAUCUACGAGCUGCUUUGCAUCCUGGACUUCAAUAAUGUGAGAAAGAGAAUGUCGGUGAUUUUGAGGAGGGACGGCAAGCUCAAGCUCUACUGCAAGGGUGCCGACAACGUCAUAUACGAGAGGGUAAAACAGGGCAGCGAGGACAUCAUGGCCAAGACGCAGGAGCAUCUCAACAAAUUCGCGGGCGAAGGUUUGCGGACGCUCUGCUUGUCUACCAAAGACCUAGACGAGGCCUUCUUCAACGACUGGAAGCAUCGGCAUCAGGAGGCGGCGAUGAGCCAUGAGAACAAAGAAGAUAAGCUCGACGCCAUCUACGAGGAGAUCGAAAAAGACAUGACCUUGCUGGGAGCCACUGCCAUCGAGGACAAGCUCCAAGACGGCGUUCCUCAGACUAUCGCCAAUCUCGGCCUCGCGGGUAUCAAGCUUUGGGUCUUGACAGGCGACAAGCAGGAAACGGCCAUCAACAUUGGCUACUCCUGUCAAUUACUGACGGACGAGUUGACGGACGUCUUCAUAGUGGACGCGACUACGUACGAUGGCGUGCAAACGCAAUUGACACGGUAUCUAGAAACAAUAAAGGCUACCUCGAGCCAGCAGAAGAGGCCGACACUCUCCAUCGUCACAUUCAGGUGGGACAAGGAAAGUGAUACAGAGUAUAAUCCGACGAGAGAGGAAAGCGACGAGCAUGAGCAAGAUUCGCAGGUCGAUUUUGCAGUGGUUAUUAAUGGACAUUCCCUAGUUCACGCAUUGCAUCCUCAAAUGGAACAGCUAUUUUUGGACGUUUCCUGCCAGUGUAAAUCCGUAAUUUGUUGCCGAGUGACUCCCCUUCAGAAAGCCAUGGUAGUAGAGCUGGUGAAGAAAAGUAAAGGAGCCGUGACAUUGGCGAUUGGGGACGGAGCGAAUGAUGUGUCUAUGAUAAAAACUGCCCACAUUGGCGUAGGAAUAAGUGGGCAAGAGGGUCUGCAAGCUGUGUUAGCCUCGGACUACUCGAUCGGACAAUUUCGUUUUCUCGAAAGGCUUCUUAUGGUCCAUGGCAGAUGGUCGUACUACAGAAUGUCCAAGUUCCUUCGUUAUUUCUUUUACAAAAAUUUUGCAUUCACUUUAUGUCACAUUUGGUUCGCCUUCUUUUGUGGAUUUAGCGCACAGACCGUUUUCGAUCCUAUGUACAUUUCCGUCUACAAUUUAUUUUACACGUCCCUGCCGGUACUGGCUGUCGGUGUAUUCGAUCAAGAUGUUAACGACAAGAACAGCUUGAUGUAUCCGAAGCUUUAUACUCCGGGCCAUCAGAAUUUACUUUUUAAUAAAAAAGAGUUCUGCUGGAGCGCCCUACACGGCUUCUUUGCUAGUUGUGUACUUUUCUUAGUGCCCUAUGGGACAUACAAUAAUGGCGUUUCGCCGAAAGGUUACGUACUUUCGGAUCAUAUGCUGCUAGGCACAGUAGUUGCCACUAUAUUAGUCAUAGUUGUAACAGUUCAAAUAGCUCUCGACACCUCGUACUGGACGGUCGUCAACCAUUUCAUGGUGUGGGGCUCGCUCCUUUGGUAUUUCGUUAUGGAUUAUUUUUACAAUUUCGUCAUAGGCGGUAGUUACGUGGGAAGUCUGACGAUGGCAAUGUCAGAAGCGACGUUCUGGUUCACGGCGGUGAUAUCAGUGAUAAUGCUGGUGAUCCCGGUGACGGCUUGGCGCUUUUUCUUCAUUGAUGUCAAGCCCACGUUGUCGGACCGCGUGAGGCUGAAGCAGCGACUUGUACAGAUACGCUCUCGGCAGAGUCAAGACAUUUUGCGCACACCAUCGACUAGGCGAACGAGACGCUCGUUACGCUCCGGAUACGCCUUCGCUCACCAAGAGGGCUUUGGCCGUCUCAUCACCUCUGGCAAAAUCAUGCGCAAACUACCCAAUGGCUCAGACUUCAAGUUUCCUUUUGCUUCGAACAACGUCUCGAAACAAGUCAGCGCCAUGGCUACGACCUCACCAAAGGACAAUACGUCCGCCAGAAACUCGCACACUCCCGACAACUUCACUCUCUGAAAGGGACUACUUUGUCAUGUACGCCUGCUUUAUGUGCCGAGAAAGACUAUGUUGUGCUUUGCAUAUGUGUAUUCUUUCGUGAUACGAAGAAAAAGUCAAGAGAAAGAGAGACAAAGAGAGGAAGAAUUACCGGUAUUUGUUUCUCUUCUUCCUUUUGUCUUUCAAUCGCAGAACAUGAGCUUUAAAUUUUUAAAUGAUUUUGAUCAGAUACAUAAUUUACGAUAUCAAAUGAAACAUAUUUAGAAGUCAAUGUUCGAAUGAUUAAGUCCAACGUAUUUUAUUUUUACGUUUUUUGUUGAGGCUUGAGCGUAAGGGAUAUGUGUGAGCUAUGGUUUACGGACUAAAUACAAUGUUUAUGCACAGUGAUUUAUGUCGUACGUUAAGUUUAUUCGUUUAUAGAAUUUUCUUUAAUUGAUUCGGACUAUUGUAAUGAAAUAAUAAAAUUCUUAACAGACGUUGUAGUCGAUCAAGGCGACUAAUUUUCCUCCCUCGAGAGCUUCGUGAAUUGUUUAUCUCUGAUGAGACAAAAAAAGAACAAUUAAUUCAUAUAAAUUAUAUGUAGAAAAUCAAGAACAGAACGUGUCCAUCGAAGCUUUAUUAUUUAAGAAAAAAAACAUAUUCAUCAUAGUCUUAUACGUGUAAUAUAAAAAUGAUCUACCAUGAAGAAUUAUUAUAUUCUAAAGGAAUUUACAUUAGGCGUUAACGUAACAAAAUAAUGAUAAUGAUUAUAUUAAAUAUUGCCUUUGUAAACAUUAAUACGACAAAUGAUAAAAACUGUACAAUAGUAUUGAUUGUAAAUAUUUUAAAGAGAUAUAUUAAAUGUUAAGUAUACAUUUUUUAAAAAGAAAGUAAUAUAUAGGUAGAAAAACAAUCUAUAAAAGAAAAUCUACGAAAAUAGUAAUUAAAUUAUAUUAUUACAGAUAAUGUUUGCCUUGGACUGACUACUGAAUACGAUGUGUGUGUGUGUGUGUGUGUGUGUGUGUGUGUGUGUGUAUAAA